CGCUUUGAGGUUCGCAUCGGCACCAAAUAAGCUUUUGUUACUUUCUGCCAAAUGGAGGGUCCUUAGGCUUGCCUCUCUCUCUCUCUCUCUCUCUCUCUCUCUCUCUCUCUCUCCCCUCUGUGAACUGUGUUGGGAGUAAUUUCGCAGUGAAAAUUUGAAGGGCUUUAAUUGUCCCUCUUGCUUGCAGCAGCUACUGAUCCCAGAAGUGUCUUUGGGUAAUACGUAUUUACCUCCAGUUUCUGAGCUCCUCCGCCUUCAAUUCGGAUGUUCUGCUUUCAGUUUCUCAGCGUCCCCUUCAUGUUUCCAUCUAACAAGUUAAAUUCCUCGUCCUUGCAUUUCUCUGUAAACAUACCCUUUUCUCUCUUCUCUUCUUUCAACUAUACCCACUUGAUGAUUGAUUGUUUGUUGUUUCUCUGUUAAUGCCUCCGUGCGUCUGUUUUGUUUGCUUGCAGUUUCCUUUCACCAUUUUCCCUUACUUUUCAGUGUGUUGUUUGCUUACAGUCUCUUAGAUCUAAUGUUUGAUUCAUAGGCAUCUUGGAUUCAGGGUAUUUUAUGCUCAAGCAUUUUAUUCUUAGUUCUCUUCACUUGGGUGUUGCAAUUUAAUUUAAUUCCAAACAUUUUUCAUAUGGGUUGGCUACUGUGAAAUUUGUAGUUUUCGGCUUUUUUUUUUUUGGGGUGAAACAAAUUUUGCUGGGUUUAUCAUUAUUUGCUCGCCAUUUUCUUGUUUAUUUGUUGUGGUUGACGCUACGAAUUUUUGAAAUUUCUUUUCCUGGAAAAAGUUAAAAUGUCAAAGGUUACGGUCUUUCCUCUGUUCAGCUUUAUUUGUUAAGGUGUUAUCAUUUUAGUGAAGGCAAGAUUCCUAGGAGGUUAAACGAGACGCUACUGUAGUUUUCCCUUGCUCCAUGUUUGGUUGCCGAGAAAGCUGAGGGGAAAAAGGGAAGGAAAGCUAAAUUGUUACAAAGCAAUUGAGAGUUUUUGAAUUGUGAUGUCUCCAUCACUGCCCGGUGUUGGGGAGGAGGAGAGUCAGAGCAAUGUCACUUUACUGGCUCCUUCGGCUUCCUUGGACAGUAUAUGCCAGAGUAGCACUGAAUUAAAAGAGCGUAACUAUAUGGGCUUGUCUGAUUGUUCUUCUGUUGAUAGCUCGGCAAUCUCCACUGCAUCCGAAGAGAAUAAGAGCACUCUCAAUCUAAAAGCUACAGAGUUGAGACUUGGGCUUCCUGGAUCCCAGUCUCCUGAACGUGAACCAGAGCUUUGCCUGCUCGGCUCAACAAAACUUGAUGAGAAACCUCUUUUCCCUUUGCAUCCUUUGAAGGAUGGUAAUUACUCAUCGCAGAAGACUAUUGUUUUAGGCAACAAAAGAGGGUUCUCUGAUGCUAUGGAUGGGUUCUCAGAGGGGAAAUUCCAUUCUAAUUCGGAUGUGAAUGUAAUGUUUUCGUCCAGGCCUUCUGUAGGCUUGGGAGUGAAAUCUAGUACUGUAAAAGAGAAUCCUGCUGCUCAACCUGUCAAAAUGAAAGAGAUAGCACCUUCAAAGAUGGCACAGGACAGGCCUCGUGCUGCAAAUGAAAUUGACCCAAACCAGGGAGGGUCCGGGAACAGCAAUAGCAGUGCACCUGCUACAAAGGCACAAGUUGUGGGCUGGCCACCUAUAAGAUCAUUUAGGAAAAAUACUUUAGCCACCACUUCAAAGAACACUGAUGAAGUGGAUGGGAAGGCAGGGCCUGGUGCUCUUUUUGUCAAAGUUAGCAUGGAUGGUGCUCCUUAUUUGAGGAAAAUAGACUUGAAAACUUAUUCUGCUUAUCAAGAGCUAUCUUCUGCCCUCGAGAAGAUGUUCAGUUGUUUUACCAUCGGUCAGUGUGGAUCCCACGGAGCUCCAGGCAGGGAGAUGCUGAGUGAGAGCAAGCUGAAGGAUCUCUUGCAUGGAUCAGAAUAUGUUCUCACUUAUGAGGAUAAGGAUGGUGACUGGAUGCUUGUGGGUGAUGUUCCCUGGGAGAUGUUCAUCGAUACGUGCAAGAGGCUGAGGAUCAUGAAGAGCUCUGAUGCCAUUGGCCUAGCUCCAAGGGCCAUGGAGAAGUGCAGGAACAGGAAUUAGCUACUCAGCAGUCAGGAUGGAAAUUUGGCAGGGGACCCAAAGCAUACACUCGUGCAUGUAAAAUGGGUAUAAUCGGGUGUUUGGACUGGACAGCAGAUCAUGGGUAGAUUUUAUUAUUAUGUUGUCAAUUGUUAUGUUUUCGCUGCCUGGGGUUGUUUCUCUGAGCUUGGACUCGAGUAUGUUAUAAUUCCAACUCUUAAAAACCCUAAUAUGUGGGAGUGUACGUCUGCAAGGUUAUUUAUGUUUGAUGCAUUUCCUAA